AACGUGCUGCCACCAAGCCUGGAGCUGCCUAUCAGAACAAAAACACACAACUCACAGCGCUACCUCCCGUUCAUCUUCCUCCACCCCCGCUGCUCUCACCCCUCCAGCCCUCUUGCAGACAACACAGCGGACAGCGCAGAGCAGAGUGCGAUGGGCUGCUGAAUGAAGAGGGUGAGGACAAGGAAAGUGGAAACAAAAAAAAGGAGAGCAAGGCACAUGGGAGGGGGAGGGAAGUUAACAUGAAAGCAUGUGAUUUAAAGAGGAAGAGCGAGAGGAAAUGGAAAUCAGCAUGGAAAUAGAAGAGAAGCUGAACAAACGGGGACAUGCAAGGCUUGUGUAUCAUCCAGCCAUGAUCCCCGUCAAUGCGCUGCUGCUGUGAUAUAUACAAUACGACAGGCGAGGGCGGCGGAAGGACCCACAGCUGCAGCUAACUGUCAGCCACUGACUCUCUACUCCCUUUGGCCAAAGGCAACAGCAGCAACACCGUUAGCAUCAAGCCUCUGGGGACAAUGCGCCAAGGCAGAUGGAGAGGCUGCAACACUGGAGCUCUGACACAUGCUCUGCCCAUGCAUGCACAUGCACACACUUGUGCAGGCAUGUGGUAGAUAGCUAUGAGUGCCUGGAAGAGGACCAGAUUUCCCUGUCUUUCUGCGUAACAGCCACAUGUGGGUUGGGUUAAAAGAAGAGGAUGAUAUGUCGCAAAUUGUAGAGGAAAUAAAUGAGAACAUGAGCCAUCAAACCGGACCUGUAUGUGAUUUGACUAAGGCACGGUAGGAGCAGUGACCAAGAGGACGAUCAGUGUGUGAGGAUUGUAAUUCAUCACAGUCAGAAACGAUGGAUACCAGAAAAAGACGAGUACUGAAAUUCAAAUGGGCAACAUUAGAGCGGAUUCACAUCGUACAGCUGCGUUAUCAGGCAGCAUCAUCUGUGACUGUCAAAUGAUUUACUUCUAAAAUGAGAGAUCAACAUUGGAUCCCUUAAGGAACCCACCAAACACACUUCACUUUGCCACAAGGGAUCAAGGACGGGUCAGAAGCUGCUGACAGUCGGCCUUACAAGCGUGACGACUGACUGAGUGAAUUCGUCCUGCUGAAACCAUGCAGUGGAGACGACGCCACUGCUGUACACACACAGCUAAAUUUCUCUAUCUCCUCUCAUUGUUAGGUCUACUGGUUUUUCUGGUACACCAGGUGUGGCUGCCUAAACUUACAGGUAUGCCACGGUGGAGAGGCCAUCCUCUGGUGUACGGAGGUGGUGAAUUUCAUACAACCAAAGCCAAAUGGAACACGAGUGCCCCACAUUCAGCAUGGAGGUUUGUCAUUGUCCCUCAGUCGACUUUCAAGGCUGAUGCUAACGUCAGCUCCCCUGAGAAGGAGGGUGUCUUGUCUCCUCAAGGAGACCCAACUUUUGAGAACACUCUGGCAGCCAAUACGAGCCAAAGUGUGAAAGGAGAUCUUGGCGACAAUAUAACCCAUGGGCCGUUCCCUUAUAUCAUCAACGAGCCAAACAAAUGUACAAAAAGCAGAUCUGCACCUUUUCUGGUGUUGCUGAUAGCCACUGAGGCUCGGCAGGUGGAAGCAAGAAAUGCCAUACGGCAGACAUGGGGCAACGAGAGUGUGGCCCCAGCUCUAGGAUUCAUCCGGUUGUUUCUGCUGGGUAAAAAUGAGGGAGAGCUGGGACUUUUACAGCAGCGGAUGUUAGAGGCAGAGAGCCGGAGAUACCAUGACAUCAUUCAGCAGGACUUUCUCGAUUCCUACAAAAACCUGACCAUAAAGACAUUAAUGGGAAUGAACUGGGUGGGAAUGCACUGCCCACAAGCCAGCUAUGUCAUGAAGACAGACAGCGACAUGUUCGUCAACACAGAGUACCUCAUUUACAAGCUCCUCAGGCCAGAACUGCAGCCUAAAAAGAACUACUUCACAGGCAAUAACAUGAGAGGCUUUGCACCCAACCGAAACAAAAAUAGCAAAUGGUACAUGCCCCCUGAGCUGUACCCAGGUGAGAAGUAUCCCACCUUCUGCUCUGGGACUGGUUAUGUAUUCUCUGGAGACUUGGCAAGAAAAAUCUAUUGUGCAUCGCUAAGAAUCAGUCGCCUGCAUUUGGAGGAUGUGUAUGUAGGAAUAUGCCUGGCCGAGCUACGGAUCGAGCCCACUCCUCCACCCAAUGAGUUCCUAUUCAACCACUGGCGGGUGUCUUAUUCCAGCUGCAAAUACAGCCAUCUAAUAACAUCACAUGGGUUUCAUCCCAAUGAACUGCUGAAAUACUGGCACCACCUGCAGAGCAACAAACGCAACGCCUGCAUCAACACACUGAGAGCAGGCAGGACACACUCAAGCAGAAUGAACAGAGAGAGACCAGCUCAGUAACUGACAAUUAUCCUUGUUAGAUACAAAUAAUGAUAGAUAUCUCAGACAUUUCUGUUCUCAACAUCAAUGGAUUGAUCCAUAAUUUAUCCACAUGGGAACACAACACAAACCUCUGCAUAAGUCUUGUGUAUUAACUGAUGAAAUGUGCUACAAUUAUUGACAAUUUUGUACAGAUGAUAUGAAAAAGGUUUAUAUGUCUGAGUCAAACCACUGGAGAUUUUAUGUACAGUUCUAUUUUACAAAAGAAUAAGCUGUGUUUCACUGUGGUGCAGAGGCUACGUUUCAGUAAUAAUGUAAGAUCUACUGUAUGUGUUUUAUAUAUGCUGCCUUACAGAUACAGGCUACUCUAAAACUGGAGUAGAGAGGGUUCAGUGACAAUAAAAGUUUCCACAUGUGUAUCAAAAAGUCAAUGAAGUCUUUUCAAAAGACAAGAAAACAUGAUGCCAGUGCUUAAAGAUUGUAACAUUGACAACAAAUGCAGG